GUCAUAUAAAGCGAAUGUGCAGUUCUCUACACAUUCUGUGUAGUUAUAGGCGAUUCACGUUGAGUUGUUUCGCUAAAGAUGUCAUUCUAGGUUUCUGCAAUUUCAAUCAUUUUAAGCGUAACUUUACAGAAUAUAUUGUUGAAGACAUUAAAAAAAAAAAUACCACGGAGCGUACUUUUUCUUCAUGGAAAAAGGUAUUCUGUCAAAACCAUUUCACACACUGACUGUGCCCAUGAGGAAGAGCAAACUGAUAAAGGUUUCACCCAUCUUCUCUUCAAUUGGCUUAUCAGAUUCAUAAGCUUAGUAUUUACAAAAAAAAAUACAAUCUCAAGAUCAAUGAGACAUGGUAGUUUAUCUUCUGGCUCAUUUUUACUUGACCAAACCAUGACUCUAUCUAAGUCUAGUAGACCCACCUAGUAGCAGUAUUAGUGUCACAGUUCUUUGUUUUGACAUAUCAUUUUUGUCAAACAGCAAUAGUAAAUCACUCAUACUGGUUAUUAUGAGUGAUGAGAAUGCAUACACCACUUCUGGAAAUGACACUAGUGGAGUAGGUGUAGAAGAAAAUGUGGUGGGACUGAAGGUGGGCUGCCAGUCCCCUGAGUCUGGACUAAGUCAGACUGGCAGCUCUGGUAGCUCCAAUGGAAAGAGAACUCGGUCUGGGGGCAAGUCCUCAAACUCCGAUGACACAGAUGCCCACUCGAGUGGGAACGACUCAGCCGAGAGAGAGGUGGAAGGUCACAUGGGGCAUGAGGCAUCAGCCUGCAGCAGCUCCCAUAACGGGAAGGACUCUGCCAUGGAGACAACAGAGAGCAAAAGUGCCAACUCCCACAGCCCUUCCCCUCCCAACAGCUCUAUGGUCUACAGCCUGCUGAGUGGCAGCUCGGAGCAGGACCACCCGUCCACCAGCGGAUGCAGCAGUGACCAGCCAGCCUGGCUGCAGACCCAGAGAGAGCUGCUCAAGGCUCUGAAGGAGCUAAAGAUCCGCAUGCCUGCAGACCACCGGGCAAAAGGCCGCUCCAGCACCCUGGCCUCCCUGCAGUAUGCACUCAACUGUGUCAAACAAGUCCGAGCGAAUCAGGAGUAUUAUCACCAGUGGAGUGUGGAGGAGAGCCACGGUUGCAGUCUGGACCUCUCUGCCUUUACCACAGAGGAACUGGACAACAUCACCUCUGAAUACACACUCCAGAACACGGACACGUUCUCAGUGGGAGUGUCCUUCCUCUCUGGGAAGUUGGUGUACAUCUCCCCCCAGGCCUCUCCCAUGCUGCGCACUAAGCCCAAUCGACUCCAGGGGACACUCUUCUCUGAGCUGUUGGCCCCCCAGGACGUUAGCACUUUCUACAGCAGCACGGCUCCCUGCCGCCUGCCCCCCUGGGCCUCCUGUACUGGCUCCAUGACCUCCCCUGUGGACUGCACCCAGGAGAAAUCCAUGUUCUGCCGUAUCAGUAGUGGGAGGGACAGUGAGGGGGAAGUGCGGUACUACCCUUUCCGUAUGACCCCCUACCAGCUAACCCUACGGGACUCCGACAUGUCCCAACCACAGCCCUGCUGCCUGCUCAUCGCUGAGAAGGUGCACUCAGGAUACGAAGCUCCCCGCAUCCCAGCGGACAAGAGGAUUUUUAACACUAGCCACACCCCUGGCUGUCUCUUUCAGGAAGUAGAUGAAAGAGCUGUGCCGUUGCUAGGCUACCUGCCCCAGGACCUGGUUGGGACUCCUGUCCUCAUGUACCUCCACCCUGAUGACAGGCCUGUCAUGGUGGCCAUACACAAGAAGAUUCUCCAGUCAGCAGGGCAGCCCUUUGAACACUCGCCCCUGCGUAUGUGUGCUCGGAACGGGGAGUAUCUCACCAUAGAUACCAGCUGGUCCUCCUUCGUCAACCCCUGGAGCCGCAAAGUUGCCUUCAUCGUGGGUCGACACAAAGUCAGAACGAGUCCCCUGAACGAAGAUGUGUUCACCCCUAGUAUGGAAGUGGAGGUGCGGGCCAUGUCUCCAGAGAUCCCCAGGCUCAGUGAGCAGAUCCACCGUGUGCUGGUGCAGCCUGUCCACAGUGGUGCCUCCCAGGGCUACUGCAGCUCCCACGGAUCCCAGUCACACAGGCCCAGCCCGGGCUCCUCAGGCAGCAGCAGCCCCUCCACCAAGGGGAUCAUCCAGAUGAAUAUCCAGAGACCACAGCAGAUGACAUUCCAGCAGAUGUGUAAGGACGUCCACAUGGUGAAGACCAAUGGUCAGCAGGUCUUCAUCGAGUCCCGCAACCGCCCACCGCUCCGCAAACACGCCAGCGCUGGAGACCUGGUGAUGCCAGAGAAUUUAAACAAAGACCUGGGGCCAACUAAAACCCUGGCCUCAGUGCAGUCAAGGAAAGAUCCGUCAGCCAACUACUCCUACCAGCAGAUCAACUGUCUGGACAGCAUCGUACGCUACUUGGAGAGCUGUAACGUUCCCAACACAGUGAAGAGGAAAUGUGGCUCCUCUUCCUGCACCACAUCAUCAACGUCAGACGAUGACAAGCAGAGGGAGUUGUCUGGAACAGCUAAAGAUCUCGAAGGGUCACAGGGUAAGGAAGGGUCUAAAGGGGGGCCACAGAUGAGCCCUCUGGCGCUGCACUGCAAGGCUGAGAGUGUUGUCUCUCUCACGUCCCAAUGCAGCUUCAGCAGCACCAUCGUCCAUGUAGGGGACAAGAAGCCCCCAGAGUCAGAUAUUAUCAUGAUGGAGGAGACACCUCCCACCACCACCACCCCAGCCAUUAACAACGCCAUCACCACGGCAGUGACCCCCCGUCCCUCGACCUUUCCCAGCCCAGCAACACCCAGCCCUGCCCAGCCUGAGAGGGAUAGCCGCAGGUCGGCUGGAUGCUCAGGCAGCCUGGGUCUGACCAAGGAGGUGCUGUCUGCCCACACCCUGCAGGAGGAACAGGUGUUCCUGAGCCGGUUCAGGGACCUGGGACAGCUCCGCAUGCUGGACCCCGGUCCUCCUCUGAGAGGACACACCACCACACACAAAGGAGUGCACACCUCGAAGGACUACCCAGCAGGUGGUAACGGACGGAGGAGGGGCCGGGGGGCCAAGAGGCUGAGGCACCAGCAGGAGGGCUCCCAGCACGGGGGCUGCCCCAAGACAGGCUCAGGGAUGAACAGAAGUUCCAGAAAGGAAGGGCAGGGGAAGCAAGGCCCCAUGUUCCCCAUGGGUCAACCCCUAAUGAUGCAGGGACCCCUGACCUCGUCCUCUUCCUGGCCCACCUCUGUGGCCAGCCUCCCUCCUGCCGUGUCCCAGUACCCUCCAGGGGUCCUACCCUUCUUCCCCCUCUACCCCAACGUGCAACAACAACUCCUGGCCCACACCGGGGUGAACCCCAACACCAUGCAGUUGGGUUACCCCAGCCCCCAGCCAGGCUUCCAGUACCCCCUGCAUGCCAAUCAGAUCCCCAUGCCAAUGGCUCCCCCGAUGAUGGUUGUUCUGCCGAACUACAUGUUCCCUCAACUCAAUGGAGGUGUACCACAGCUCAACCAGCUCAAUACAGCCAUGCCUCAGUAUAACACAGCCAUGCCUCACCUUAACCCCAGUAUCCCUGGUAUGGCACAACUUAACCAGGCACUACCGCAGUUCAACCAGGCUAUCCCACUACCACAACUCAAUCCUGUCUUGGCUCAAUUCAACCCUGAUGUGACGCAGAUGAAUGGCAUGCCUCUAGCUCAACACAACCCGUCACACGUCAAUCCUGCUUUGUCGAUGAUCCCACAACAUUUUCACAAUCCCAACCCAACAUUACCUUUCCCAAAUCCCAUUCCGGUGCCCGGGCUUCCUUGCUUUGCUUUACCCAGGAUUGAUCCCACUUUUGUCCCACGUGGCAACUUCCGCUCCAGCACCCCUCAGUCCACAUGCCAAUCCCCCCUGGAAGGGACCAACUCGCCCCUCUUCCAGUCACGAUGCUCCUCCCCCCUCAACCUGCUGCAGCUGGAGGAGUUGCCAGGCAACAGGCAGGAGGGCAUGUCAACAGGGGCGCAGCAGACCCCACCCCCACCUGGCUCGUCGUCUCAGGUCGGAGGUCAAGGCUCUGUUAACCGCAACAGCAACAUGAAGGGUGAUGCCAAAGAGUACGAUAAUGCUGAUGUUGAUAACCAGGACGCCAUGUCCACCUCCAGUGACCUGCUGGACCUGCUGCUGCAAGAGGACGCCUGCUCAGGCACCGGCUCGGCUGCCUCUGGAUCCGGGUCCUCUGGCUCCGGGUCCUCUGGCUCUAAUGGAUGCAGCACCUCAGGGAGUGACACAAGAAGCAGCAACACCAGCAAGUACUUUGGCAGCAUUGACUCAUCGGAGAACGACCAUAAGCAGGCAGCAGGCGGGGCUGAAGAGGCCCAGCUCAUGAAGUAUGUCCUUCAGGACCCUAUCUGGCUCCUUAUGGCCAACACAGAUGACAAGGUUAUGAUGACGUACCAAAUGCCCACCAGGGACAGGGAGACUGUUCUAAGGCAAGAUCGUAUGGUACUGAGGGCGGUGCAGAAACAGCAGCCACACUUCACUGAGGAGCAGAAGAGAGAGCUGAUCCAGGUCCACCCCUGGAUGGGCACCGGACGCCUGCCACAGGCCAUCAACAACCCUACUUGUACCGGGUGCGGUUCUCCUACAGCUACCUCCGCCCCCCGGCCCUUUGAUGUGGAGCUGCAGGACAUGGAUCUGACUGGGGUCCUACAGCUACAGGAAGAGGCUACUGCACACACAGAGACACAUGUUACAAUGGCAACAGACACUUCCAUCUCUCCACCACAAGCUCCCCAGACAGACACUAAGGGGGGUGAGGCUGAGAGGCAAGGGGAGCAGGAAGGAGACUGUAAGGACACCAGAGUGAAGGAGUUGGAGGUAACAUCCUCAUCUGUAACAGAGAAAGGGGACUCUGUGGCUGUAAAUGGCAACUGAGGACUUCUAUAUGGCCAAUGACUGUAAACCACAAUGCAUUGGGACAGACGGGGGCCAAGCUCACGGUCUAUGUGUUGUGUUGGAACAAAGAAGUGAAAAUAAGGAGUCAAAGAAUACCUGUUCCUGUCUAAACACAUGGAGAAUGUAGCUCAAUAUAUAUUGCAUCUAAGAAGGUGUAAAUAUUUGAUGUAUUUCAAAUUGUAAACUGGAAAGAGAAGCCCUUGGUAAAUAUUUUAUUGGCAUGUUUGGUGCCUGGUCCACUGGACUGAAGACAUGUUCCAUUUGUAAUUCACUGCUUUGGGGUUUUUCUCCCCUGUAGUGACAAUUUGGUAGUUUACAAGUUAUUGCGUGUAUCAACGCAAUGUAAUUUAAUUGUCCAAUGUCCAUAUUGGAAAAUUGUCAAAUCAGUCGUAAAAAAAAAAUGAAAUCCAAAAUUCAUGUUGAAAAAUAUAUUUGGUAUAAUUAUUUUUAAUAUUUUCAAAGUAAUUUCAGUUAUUGUACAGUGUAUUUAUUACAGUAUAUCAACCAAGAGCAGGCAUACUACAGUUUUUUUGUGGGCUGUAAUGUAAUGUUCUGAAUGGUUCAUUUUAUUGUAAUAUAAUUUGACACUGCAAUGCUUGUAACGCGCUUUAAGCAUUAUUGGGCAAACAUCCUGACUAUUUUGUCUCCCCCAGAGAAAUACACAUUUUCUAAAGACCAUGUUUUUGUUUGCAUCGUUAUGGGUAUUUCUGUACAAAAAGGUGGAGUAGAGAUGGGUGUUCCCACGGUAACAGACCCGAUGGCGCCAGUCUUGCUGAUUGGACCAUACAGUGAUGUGAGAGAGUGGGGAGGAAAGGAGUAGGGCUGACUGAGCUUUACAAGAGCAGGCCUUGAUCAUACAGAGUUGGUGAAAGCCAAUAUGUUCUGCUGCCCCUUUUUCCCUCACUUUUUCUCCAUUUCAUUAGUGUAAAUAAAAUGAUUUGAUGGUCACUAUUAUUACAUCUCUUUGGAGGAUUUUGUUAUGUAAUAUAAAAAAAUGAAAUAUAUAAUUUGGUUCUGGUUUCUUUUUUGUCUCUUGUGGUGUGUAGGAGGAUGUGAAUGUAGCUAAAAUCUAGUCAUGUGUUCUGCCUUCUCUGCCACUAGAGGGUGUUGUGACAGAUUGUUUUAGGCUAAUUUCAAGGGCAGCAGCCUGAUGGGUGAUACAAAAUGGACUUUCUGAAGUUGGCCACGGUGGUUGAACUAGGUAUUUGAACACAUUGCUAGAUAUUUGAACACAUUGAAGUAAUUUAAAGAUGCCACCAAUAUAUCCCUAAGAAUGCUGUUUUAUUGUCCACCGCUUCUUAAAUCAAAUCGUCUGUAUUCUCCCUUUCUGGAAUUGCAAAACGAAGUGCAAAGUGUUUCUGAACAUUACACUGUCUUUUCCAUGUGCAGGAAGGGACUGAGAACUGCUGGACACUGGCCCAGUGAGCAAGGAGGCAGAGGGACUUUUCUUAUACUGGCACUCUCACCUCCACCCACGGAUGGACUCAUGGCCAAAUGGUUAGGGCAUUGUGCCAGUCAACUGUACUUUCAACAGAUGCCAGACUGUUCACCAUUGGGCUAAAGAACAGAGACUCAAAUUAUUGUCUAUUUUGUUUUUAGCCUAGCAGUAGAGUCCUCUAGAAAACUUUACCUAUACGCUAGAAUGCACUCAUGUUAAUCUCUCUCUUGAAAACCAUAAAUAUCAAGCUUUUUAUUUUAA